CUUGACGAUUACAUUUGUAGUGUGAUUGCAACAUAAUGGCUGCUGUCACGACGCAUAGUUUAUUGACUUAUGUAGAAGAGGAGAAUAUCACUGCUUUUAAGGCAUUGCUGGAGAAGUGCAAAGAUGUGGAUGAAAGGAAUGAGAGUGGGCAGACUCCACUAAUGCUGGCAGCAGAGCAAGGGAAUUUGGAGAUAGUGCAAGAAUUGCUCAAAAGAGGAGCCAACUGCAACCUGGAAGAUGCUGAUAACUGGACAGCUCUGAUUUCAGCUGCAAAGGAAGGAUACUUGGAAAUUGUGAGCGAGCUCAUUAACUUCAAUGCCAACCUGGAACACAGAGAUAUGGGUGGCUGGACUGCCCUUAUGUGGGCAGCAUACAAAGGACACACAGAAAUUUCUCAAUUGCUUCUUCAGAAAGGGGCAAACCCAAAUAUUACUGGACAGUAUAGUGUUUACCCUAUUAUUUGGGCAGCUGGACGAGGGCAUCAUGAAAUUGUUGAACUUUUGCUGCAACAUGGAGCCAAGGUCAACUGCUCUGACAAAUAUGGAACAACUCCAUUGAUAUGGGCUGCCAGAAAGGGUCAUCUUCAGUGUGUGAAGCAUUUGUUGGAAAUGGGUGCUGAUGUUGAUCAGGAAGGAGCUAACUCUAUGACAGCUUUAAUAGUGGCAGUCAAAGGUGGCUACACUGAAGGAGUGAAGGAGUUGUUAAAGUACAAUCCAAAUGUUAAUCUGACUGACAAAGAUGGGAAUACAGCCUUGAUGAUUGCUGCCAAGGAAGGACACAUUGAAAUUGUUCAGGAUCUGUUGGACGCUGGCACUUAUGUCAACAUCCCUGACAGGAGUGGAGACACUGUCCUAAUUGGUGCUGUGAAAGGUGGACAUGUGGAGAUUGUGAGGGCUUUACUGCAAAAAUAUGCGGACAUAGAUAUAAAGGGAACAGAUAAUAAGACUGCUCUAUAUUGGGCUGUGGAGAAAGGAAAUGCAACCAUAGUAAGGGAUAUUCUUCAGUGCAAUCCUGACACAGAAAUUUGCAUUAAGGAUGGUGAGACACCUCUCAUUAAAGCAACUAAAAUGCGAAAUAUUGAAAUAGUUGAACUUUUAUUGGAUAAGGGAGCCAAAGUAUCAGCAGCAGAUAAGAAAGGAGACACUCCACUUCACAUAGCAAUCCGUGGAAGAAGCAGAAAAUUAGCUGAAUUGCUGUUGAGGAAUCCUAAAGAUGGCCGUCUGCUGUACCGACCGAACAAAGCGGGUGAAACUCCAUAUAACAUAGAUUGCAGCCAUCAGAAAAGCAUUUUGACUCAGAUAUUUGGAGCAA